AUGGCAGAAUCCCUGGCCCUCGUCGGCUUUGCGUCCGCGAUAGUCCAGUUCGUCGACUUCAGCACCAAGGUCAUUGCACGCCUCGACGACUAUCAUACAGCCAUAGGAAAGGUUCCAAAAGCUUUUCUGGGCAUUAAAACUGAGUUGCCGCUCGUGCUGAAGACCGUUGGACGCACACGAGAGCAAAGCCAGAGCGGCCUUGUCAGCAGCGAGACCCAGCAGGCGCUUAUCCCCGUUGUCGAUGGCUGCUGUGAACAGGUCAAGCUGCUUGACGCCAUACUUGUCGAAUUACUUCCGAAGCCUUGGGACAGCUCCUGGAAAGUGAGGAUGAAGGCACUCUCCAGCGUCCGAAAAGAAAAAGAGACCAGAAACAUUACCGCGACGUUGGAUAGCUACGUCCAGAAGCUUACCUAUUACGAAGUAGUAAAUCAAGGGCAUGCAUCCAAUGCAACGAGCCCGCGUCCCUCUGUGCCGGACAGCAAGACCAAUGCGCCGAAACCAACAUACUACAUCCUGCCUCAGCUUGCGGUGUCCCAAUCCAUUCAACGAGACGACUUGAUGAAACGAAUGCAGGAUGCUUUAGUACAGCCACAAGGGCCAUCACCACCAGUGAUUGUGCUCCUCGGGAUAGGCGGCCAGGGCAAGUCGCAGCUUGCGAUGGAGUAUUGCAAGAAAGCUCGCUAGCACGCAGCAUGGAGAAGAUAGCAUCUAACCUUUCUGAAGGCCGGUCCUUCUAUGGCCUCGACUCACAGAUUACGUUCUUCAGAGAUACAAUCGAGACUUGGACCUCUCCCUGG